AGCUCUUUUUGUAUCGACACCGUCUUAAAGAACAACAACAUGAUAAACAUCUUCUUGAUUACUUACCUAUGUUUAUGAAAUAAUUGUAAUAACAUUCAAUAUGACUGAUAAAUUGAUUUCAGAUUUAUGGGAAGAUAUCGUACGUUCAAGUGUGUCUAAUAUAGACAGUAGCUGUAACCUACAAAGUAUAGUUGAUCAUAUACAACAAUCACAUUCAUUUACCGAUGUAAUUCAUCAAAUUUCAAACGAGCUUAAGUCAUGCACUUGCCGCCCAUUGUAUAUCCAGGCUACAAUAUGGAAAGUAAGCGUUUUGCUUAAAGUACAUUGCGAUAACAUUUCCAUUACUUUGAACAAUAGAAAUAAAUCCAUAGGAUCAAGAGAAUUACGCUCCAUUGAAUUUGAAUUAGCGAGUGGAGAAAAUCCAAAUUCUCUUUGUGUUAAUCCGGAUUGUAGAUAUAAUGCAACUGUUGAAAGAGAAGGCCAUCAAGAAAAAUACACUGUCGAGUGCCAGACAACUUGUUGUAAGAAAUUUAAAACAUGGACACAAUGGAACCUUGAAGUUAUACGUAGUGAUAUAAAUGACAAUUAUAUCUAUUCUUUUGAAAUAAAGCAUUAUCGUGAAAAAAUUAAUUUUGAAACGAAUUCUAGAACAUCAAAUAAAUCAUUCUUCCUUCCAAUGGAAAUUAAUAAAAAGUCAAAAAUAGAUGUGUUGACUCCAGGAAAAUUUUGGUCAGACACAGUUGUCAAGCUGAAGAAUAUGAAAACUUCCAGCAUAUUCUCCUGUAUCUAUGUUCUUAAAAAAAGUACUUUUUACCAUGAAUGUUUCUUGACAAAUAAUUCUGUGUGGAGAAUAGAUCUAACCCAGGCUAGUUCCAAGCAAACUAAUAUUAAAAAAAUAACCAAAUCACAUUUUAAAGUACAUGCCAGUGAAGGUUAUCACCAUCUAACAUUCAAAAGGCUAACUAAUCUCCACAUAUUCUCUGCUGUUACCAGUAUUAGAAAUAUAAGCUCUGAUGUGGUUAAAGUAUCCUUUACAGAUAGUAAGAACUCUAUUGACAUAUCCAAAAUUGUCAUGACAAGAAUGCUUACUGGAGAAGAAUAUGGUUGUGUUAACAUAAACAAGGAAAAAUCCCUUGAGUAUUCCUGCAAAGUGCUGAAAAGCAAAAAUUGGCUGUUGAAAGUUAUUUCUUCCGAAAAACGUACACAAAAAUUUGCCAUAGAAAUAGUUCAAGACAAGUUAUCAUCUGUCUCCAGAAACUUAACAUGGAGUCAUUUCUGUCAAUAUGGAGAUAUUUACAUAAAGCAUUUUAAUAAUUUGAAGACAUAUGAAGAUGAUGAAAUCACAAGUCUGAAAGUCCAUUUCAUUGGUAAAUCUCUGAAAAUCAAUGAAAUAAGUUUGAUCAACAAUUUCACAGAGUAUAAAUUCAAAACAAAUGAAGGAAGCAAAACUCAGGAUAACUUGGUGACAGAAUUUAUUCGAAUGACAAAAGGGAAAGAAGAGAAAAUGUAUUUUAUGAAAUUAAGCCUGAUCAUGACAAUAGUUAUUGUCCUCCUUGCAGUCAUCAUAGUCUUCUUGAUCAUCAUCAGCAUUGUAGCUCUCAGAACCUCUAAGUUAGGGAAUGUAAACACACCAAUACCAGUUGUCAAGUGAUAAUGGGAGGACAAACACAGACAUGAAGACACACAUAGAGUGACAGAGACAGACAGAAAAAGGGAAAAUGUUCCUUGCAUUUGAGAACUAUGGAAAUAUUUUAAAAAAGAAUUUCAUUUAAUUUUUCCACAAUUUAAUUGCUUUUCAUGAAAAAGUCACCAAGACUGAAACUGGUACUACAAUGUUCUUCAUGCUAAAAUUAUUUUAGCAUUUUCUACCUUGUCUUAUUUUCCUUACACAUAUUGACUUGUGUGUUCCUUUUCAACUUUCUACAUAUAUAUGAUGGACUGUUUCCAUCUACCAUAUCCACUUGCAAGGCUUUGGUUGGCCUGAGACUAUAGUAGCACAUCACAAAGAAGCUUAUCGUGUUUGUGUAUGCAUAUGUGUUUGUAUACUUCAUUUUGUUUUUGUUUAUAUUUUAAGAGUUGAAGUACGUAACUAGAAAGGAAGGAUUAAAUAAAAAUGAAUUUAAAAAAAAAAACUUUGAACUUUGUUAUGGGAUAACUUAAAUGUUUUGCACCAUAUAUUGGCAUAUUUCUGGAUUAUUAUUAUUAUUUCAUUACUAUAGUUCUAAGGCUAACUCUGAAUGUCUCUAUUAAAAAUAUAUACAUAAAUAUUUGUAGGUAUAUAUAUAUAUAUAUAUAUAUAUGUAUAUAUAUUACAGAGAUGUACUUGCAUAGCAAGUGACCUGAUCUGAGAUCGUGUGCUGGAACGAAAACAAUUGCAGCGUG